CUUAAAUGAGUGGCUAUGUGCUUGUUAUGUUUGAUUGAUGUAAAUGCCUUUGUUUGGUUUGUAAUAGAGACUUCUGUGAAGAAGAGGGUUGAGGAUGUCAUGCCUAUUGCUACUGGACAUGAGCGGGAGGAGCUCGAAGCUGCACUUGAGGGAAGGGAUAUUCUUGAGAUAGACAACCCUGCUGGACCAUUUGGCACUAAGGAAGCACCUGCUGUUGUCAAGUCUUACUAUGACAAGAGAAUAGUUGGCUGCCCUGGAGGCGAAGGCGAGGAGGAGCAUGAUGUUGUCUGGUUUUGGCUGGAGAAAGACAAGCCACAUGAAUGCCCAGUGUGCUCACAGUACUUUGUGCUGGAAGUGGUAGGCCCCGGUGGACCACCAGAUGGACAUGGCGAUGAUGAUCACCAUCACUGAUUGCAUCUGUUAAUUUUCCUAUUGGAAUAAAAUAUUGAGGAGUCGAUGAGGCAGUUUCCAGUAUACACUGCAGCUUCAAAAGUUGAAAAGCUCUUGUAUUGUUUGUUUUGGAUGGUCCUUAGUUCUUGUGGCUGUUGCUUUCCCAAAGUUUGGGACGGUAUCUUUUUGUGGUUAUUCAAGACACGGGUCAGUCAUCUGUUGGAACUAUGGAUCUUUUUAGGUUUCCUUUAAUGCAUUGCCAAAUAAUUAGAUGGCUACAUUUCAAUUCUUUCCUGAAACAUCUUGAUGCUAGUUUUUAAAGGAAUCAUUUUUUUGUGGUUUUAUAA